AUGAAAAGCGCCCUCUGUACUUGCAUCCGAGUUUUGUUGCAGCAACUAGCGAUUGAAAUCGUUUAAUAUGAAACUGAAUCGAGACUAAUACCAAUCCAAACUAUAGCAGAAUUAAAGAUGGAAGAAAAAGUAUCUAAUCACCCGUGUCACCGACUGAGUAUUCCUUCAGCUAAGUUGUUCUGGUGUCGACAUUGUAUGCAAUCAUUCGAAGAUCCUAUAAAUCGAUGGAGACACAGUAAAACUUGUAAAACAAUCGGUCCUUCCAAUCACGAUAAACGACUCGAACAGGAACCCUUUGCCUUACAGACUUACGUGGAGACUAAGGAGAAAGAAGUUGCCAGUCAACCCCAGCUUGUAGAAGGUAUAGGUGGAGAACAUGUGGUCAUUAUAAAGCAAGAAAAAAAUGAGCCCAAAUCUGAAUACAGCUGUUUCAUCUGUAAACGUCCCUUCGAUAGUCUUGAGGACAUGAAAGAACACGUAAAAUACCCUUGUAGUAAACAACAGAAUUCCGACUACCCCGUCUACAUUCCUGGAUCGGGGGGAACGUUUGUAGAAAAUGCCAAUCUUGACAUGUACCCGAAUUCUUCGCGACACCAGAGUCAAAGUUUAUCCCCAAGAGGAAUAAUUCAACGACAGGUUGUUCAAGGAGAAAUCGUUGAGCAGUCAGCUGAUCCAGAGACAGGUGUACGAACCUUUGAAGUCCAUUCUCAAAACGACGAUAUCCCUCUCAGCGAUAUUCUCUCUCGGUUAUCAGAGAGUGGUUAUUUGGUUGCUGGGGAUGUUGAGUCUCCUGUCAAUCAAAUAAUAGUUGUGCAGCAGGUGGAUGAAAAGGGGCAGAUAACUCAAUCAGAACAUAUUUUACCUCCCCACAUUCAGAUACAGAAUACUGAAGUUUCAAAGCCAGAGGAUACAGUUGAAGGCGAAGAGCCGGCUGCUGAAGCACAAACUGAUGAUCCAAGUCCAUCAGAAGAAAUCACAUACUAUGUGACUGAGACAGGGGAACUAAUAGAACCAGAUUUCGUUCAAGUCAAACAGGAACCAAGACAAGAUUUGUAUUAUGGAAGUUAUGACAGUCAAUCAGGCAUGAACAUAUUAACACAAGCAGCGGAGGCGACCAUCGGUAAUUUAAUUAAUCAAGAAAAACGCAAAGCGGAAGAAGAACUUGAAGAAGAAGAGGAAAAUAUUAAAAGAAGUAGAACGCAAUGUAAACCCGAGGAAGACACACCUUAUCAACGCCCCCCUCAUUCUCCCAGAUCUCCAAGAGGAGCUGGAGGGGCAUCAUGGAGUGGUGCCACAACAGGGACGACAGGAAUGACGUCAACUACAAUUAUCAAAACGGAACAAGGUUGUGACAAUGGAAAUGGAGAAGGAAAACAACAAAAUUUAGACACAAUCAAUGAUGAAAAUCGGCCCAAAUCUAGUGGUAGAAACAAAAAAUCGUCAAAAACAAAGAAAAGAAGCAAAUCUGAAAGUAAGAAACGUUGCUCGAGACCUGAAACACACGAUUUCUUCAAAUGUCGCAUUUGUGACAAAACUUUUAAAACUCAGCAGCAGUUACAAAAACAUUUGCAGUUUCCGUGUAAGGUUUUUCACACGCGGAAUAUGUGUCAAAAAAUUCUUCGACCCAAACGAGGUGGUACAAUUAUUACGGGUAAGAAUAUUGAUGUCAGGAAAUCAAAACCUGUUAGCAACUUUUCGCAGUCAAAGUCCAAAUCAAAAUCAAAAAUAUUUCGAAAACCCAUUCUUUUACUUGAUGGCUUAAGGGUUUUGCCAAAUCUUUUUAACGAAAGACGACAAAAACCGAAAACACAAAAGAAGAAAAUUGUUCCCGUCUACACCAUCACACCCCCUCGCAUCAAAACAAUAUGGCUACCGAAUAAACCCUCACUUAUCGUAGAUAAUCUUACAGAGAAAGAACAGUUUUUGUUUGAGUUUGGUCUGGUUUCAAGGAGUCAUCUCGUCUCAGACGAAAUAAUUCUGGAUCAAAAUGAUUUACCUAUAAUUCCAGACAUAAAUGACGAUAGAUCCAAAAAUUUGUUCGCCCCUCUUUCGAUCUCCACUGAUGCCCAUUGCCUUGAAAAUUCUCAAUGUGUGAAUGAUUUAUAUUUCCUUCCCCCAGUAUUAGAACGCAUGGACGAUAGCAGAUGUCUGGAUGACGAAGAAUUGUCUGAGGAACCUCCUAUAUUAAGUCCAAUACUGGAUAUUCAAGAAACAACACUUCACACUUCAGGCUCAGUAGGCUCACCCUCCGAGAUCUCUAACUCAAGUAUUUCUCAUAACUUAAAAGAACCCAAAUCAUCAAUCUCCGAAAUCAAAUCACCUUCAAAAACAAAAUCUCCGAAUCCCAAGCGUCAUUUUACAGAUCUUUUUGUUGAAGCGGCUCCCUCGACCGAUCUCUUCAUUUUAAAUGAGAAUCCAAAUAAGAGAGACGUUACACGAAGAAACAGUGUGACAGAGAAUAAACCCAUGAAAGAUAUCUUGAUGCAGAAAGAUGUCAUAUCGAAACUAGCGGAUACAUUAAAGAAAAAACUAUCUCCACAGAAAAACGUCAAUUCUGCAGAAAUCAUAAAUUCUGAUUACUCUUUAAAACGUGAUUCAGUGAAAAAUAGAAUUGAUUUCAUGAACAAGAAGGAAAACAUCGCCUCAAACAACGGUGAUUCACAUGAAAAUGAAAACCAGUCUGUUAUUAGUCAUGUUCAAGAGUCAUGUGUUUUGAGCUCGCCCUGUAAAGGCAGAACAAGUUACACCACAGCUGUCCGUAAAAUGAACAAACCUAAAACCUUUGUAUUACCCAUUAUGAAAACGAAUCCCCUAAACUCUCCGACUAAAAUCAACGUAGUUAUUUAUAAGCAACGGUCGGAAACAAAGUCGUCGGAGAUGACACGUAACGGUAUCCACUCUCACCGCGUUGCUAAUCGUUGUAAUAUAUGGGAAGAUGUUGGGUCUAACAAUUCAGGGUUGAUUACAGAUGAAGAAAAUACCAAGUUACUAAUGGUAAAAAAUAUAGAAUAUGUUGAACCAGAAGUGAAAAGAUGUCUUGAUGCCAUGGUUGAAGAAAUUUCAGCUUUUCCGGAAGACAUUGCUCAAAAUGAAACUAAACCAUCAUUUGGUAUAGAUUCUGAUGAAAUCUGCAAUAUUUUAUGUUCAGUUGACAUGACAACCAGUGAUCUCCAUGACAACAAACAAGUCGUACAUGUCCUUAAAAAAUCUGAAGCAAAUGCUGAAUGUGUGACAAAUGCAUCUGAAUGUUGUAAGGAACAAAAUGAUAUUUCCGUAUCUCAAGAAAAAUCUGAUGUUGUGAGUAGUCCUGAUGAUAUCAAACCCUCAUCAUUACCAAAAGUCAUUUGUAAUCUUUUUAAAAAGGAUAAUCAACAAAAGACGGACUUAAAUUCAAAGACAAAUGACUCACUUAAUUUUAAUUUUAUGCCUUUUUCAAAAUAUUUGUAUGAUGAAGGCAUCGUUGAAGAUAUUUCCGAUUCUAAAUCUGCUAAUGACAUUUGGGGGAAACAUUUGCUGGAGAAAACUUCUGCAAAACGCGUUCCAAAGGUCAUGGUUCAGUACAUGGAGCAUGUUGAACCUUCGUUAUUGUCUGAUAAACUCUCGUAUGUCAUGGUAGACGAAUUUAACAGGCGUGGUGUACCUAGUAGUCCAGAUUUUUUAAUGCAUAAGAUAUCUCUGUGUGAAGAAGAAAUUGUUUUAUCCGAUUCAGGACUGGAUGAUAGUGAUGAAAUGUUGCCCAGUUUGGAAAAAGACACAAUUGUCCAGACUAUUCAAUGCUAGUCACAUAUGGUGCAUAUAUUUUAAUUUGUGACAUGUGGAACUUCAAAGAAAUUGAUUAAUUGUACUGAAUUAAUUGAUUGUUUAAUUAUAAAUUGAUUAUUUAAUUAAUUGAUUAUUUAAGUAAUUGAUUAUUUAAGUAAUUGGUUAUUUAAGUAAUUGGUUAUUUAAGUAAUUGGUUAUUUAAGUAAUUGGUUAUUUAAGUAAUUGAUUAUAAGUUGAAUAUUUAAACAUACAUUAUGGAAGAGCUAAAUCUACCUACACGUAUCUUUCUUUAGACCUGAAAUGUUAUAUAAAUUAUUAAUUAGGCAUAUAUAUUAACAUAAAAAGACUUCAAUGCCAUCGGAUAUCUCCGAUAUUAAGCAGAUUAGAACGGUUCAGCCAUGUUUUGAUUUAAUUUAAAAUUGGAGAAGUGAGACUUGGCUUCAAACAACCAGGAUGUCAGUUGCAUCUUGUCAAACCUUCAAAAGCUAAUAUCUUCUCUCAUAAUAGAGUAAUGUGAAUGAAAUUUUCAAUAUAUUCAUUUUACAUUAUCAAUUUUUGAACCAUUAUAGCAAGAAUAGCUAGCUCUUUAUCUAAAUCUUACAUAAUGUAUCUUUUAUUAAAAUUGAAUAUUUAAUUAUAA